UCCAAAGUCAGCUGUUUUUAUUCAUUAAACAAAAAAUUAUAAAUACUUGACAAAAUUCAGUACAUUGAAGCAGAAGUUAUUUCAUAAUAGCGCAAAAUAUGCCGACGGAAAUAGAAAAUAUUAAUCCCAAUGUAUAUGGAAAAUGCAAAGAACGCAUAAUUACAGAAAAUGAGGAAGAUGAAAAUGUUGUUGAUCCAUUCGAUGCACGUGAAAUAUUUGAUCUUAUACGCAACAUUAAUGAUCCAGAACAUCCAUUGACAUUGGAACAAUUACAUGUCGUACAAGAGGAUUUAAUAAACGUACAAGAUAAAAAUAAUGAAGUGCAUGUAAAUUUUACACCAACCAUACCACAUUGCUCCAUGGCUACAUUAAUUGGUUUGUCCAUACGCGUUAAACUCCUCCGAUCAUUGCCUGCAAGAUUUAAGGUAACUGUAGAGAUAACACCAGGUACACAUGCCUCCGAGCAAGCCGUCAACAAGCAGUUGGCAGACAAGGAACGUGUAGCAGCGGCACUAGAAAACAAGCAUCUUACCGAAGUGAUCAAUCAGUGCAUAUCAAUGAAGGCAUAAGAGUUGAAAAAUGUGAGAAACAAUAUUUUAGUUAUAACUACAAUAAUAAACAAUAUAGUUUUAUCGUC